CUGAUAUGAUAUUGAGGUUGAGGUAAUUGCUGCAGAGCUGCGGGAAGUAGAACCUUUGGCAUAAUUAGUCUAUGUUACUCGGACUCUUCACUUUCGGUGCCGCACUUGUGUCAACACGACAUGGAUGUGGGAUCCGUACCCGAUCUGGUCAACCAAUUUUGGAUACUUUGACCAAAAUCGACGUAGAACUUCUGGACAGAUUCAAUGAUUUCUUUAAUCAAAACUAAAGCUAAGAUAACUAUAUACUUGAAGGUCAGUAAAACAGUCGCUUUAAAAGUUAAGGAAUCAGAUAGUAUUGGCAAAGUCAAAUCUUUAUUACAUGAUAAGGAGGGCAUACCGGAAUGUCUUCAGCAGCUAUUUUCAAAAGGUAUUCGGCUUAUGGACGAACAGAAAUUAGUCGAUUACGGCAUUAUCAAGAACUCCACCCUUCAUGCUUAUGUCGACAAUUCAAUCCCGAGGAUAUUUGUAGUGAAGAGACCCUAUGCUGGAGGUGCAAUUAUGGUUUAUUCAAGGAUUUGUGAUACUAUCCAGGAUGUCAAAUUUAGGAUCGGGGCCAAAGAAGGAAUAAAAUCAAACGACUUCUCUCUUAUUCAUGGUGGAAAGUUUCUUGAAGAUGACAAAACCUUAGCUUUUUACAAAAUUGACGGUGGAUCAACCCUUCACAUGGUUUUCAAACCGAGAGACAAGUUGCUUAUUUCUGUGGAAAUGCCAAAACCUGAAAUUGUACAAAUAGAAGUCAACACUGCCUUAACUGUUCGCGACGUUAAAACAGUUAUAGAGAGCAAAGUUAGCCACUCAAUGGAUGAUAUGGAUCUGUUUCUGGGGAAACAGGAACUGGAAGAUUCAAAGAAAUUGUAUCAGUAUGAUAUCGACGAAGACUGCUUCUUACAGGUGAAGCCCCGAACAAUGCAGAUCCUUAUCAAGAAAUGGAGUGGUGGAAGUAUAAUGCUAGACGUGCACAGCCACACCUUGGUCGAGAAUGUCAAGGGCAUGCUUCUAAAGAAGCUAGGAAUACCGGUUCAUCUGCAAAAGCUUGUGUUUGAGGGAAAAAUUCUAGCUGAUUCCCGGGAUUUAGCUAGCUACAAUAUUAAAAAGCACUCAAAUGUCUUUUUGGAUUUUCGUUGUUGCAAUGCCACACGCAGCCAGAAGGACCCAUUAUCUAAUAUUAAGAGUUACCAACAGAUAAAGUUAUGUACCAUUAAAGGAGUGAUUUCCAGUGCUACCUCCGUUGCUCAUUUGAAAACGUUGAUCAGGGACGAACUAAAACUACGUGUGAAGGAACUAUUACUAGGUGGCAAGCUUUUGGACAGCUUAUGUUGUCUUGGUGAGUAUGGAAUUACAAAGAAUACAGAGUUGCUAAUUGCUUGCUGAUUGUUCAGACAACUUAAUUGUGUCGUAUAUAAAGACUGAAAGUGCCAGUUUUUGCUGCAAUUUUCGCAAACAUGUUCAUAUUUGGAAGAUGGUGAACUUUUGUUGUUGUAGAUCUUCUUAGAAUACAGUCAGCUGGAUGACUUUGAAACUGAAAAACCAAUGCAAUGGUGUUCCUUUGUUUUUUCUUUUUCUUUUUAUCUGCUGUUUUUGCCUCACUAUAUGAGUCACUUUCUUUUGGUUUUGUGAUAGUAAUAUGCCUUGAAGGGUUUGUUGAAUCCAUCAACCAAAGGUGGAGUCAAAAACUUUAGUUUAUGGGUUUUUGAAUUACAAGUUUUUUUGCUUA